GUGCGCAUCUUAGGUGGGCAGCUGACGCCCGGGCGGGCAGUAUUGGUGCAGUGACUGGCAUUAUUUGGCAAAAUGGUGGCCAAAUUUGUUGUAAACCCAGGAUCCAUCUAGAAUGUUUUACUUACACUAGCAGCAACCACCCUCCACAGUCAUGCUACCAAAUCUAGACUAGGUGACCACUGCACAGACCAUGGACAAUAUCUUUGUCCGACACAGCGUCAAAGUUCUUCAGGCACUAAACAAGCAGAGAGAAGAAGGAAGAUACUGUGAUGCUACCUUGGUAGUUGGAGAGGUUAAUUUUAAAGCACACUGGAGUAUUCUGGCUUGUAGCAGCAACUUUUUUCAGAGUCUAUAUGGAGAUGGGACCCCUCCCAACAUCAUCCUUCAUGAAAGCUUCUCAGAGGUGAUCGGACUCGUACUGGAUUUUUUGUAUACUGGAGAGCUGGCUCUUUCCCAGGACAAUGUUCAGAAAGUCCUUCUUGCCUCAAAGGAGUUGGGGAUUUUUGACGCAGUUGAGGUUUGUGAAAGGUUUCAACCAAAAUGUUUUGAUACCGCUGAGCAAAAUGAGGACUUUUUUCAAGAGCCCAACACGCUUGAAACAUUCAGAGGACAUUUAAAGCAGACGGUAGAGUCGGAUGGAGAGGAAGCUUUAAAAGGGAUUACAGUGCUAAGCAGUGAAAUUGUUCAAGAGACGACAUCUUUACAGAAUCUCGGACAACCCAAGAACGUCUCAUUGCUUCCUGAGGCUAUGGAGAACAAUACCUUCCCAGUUUCAGUCUUCAAAAAUACAGAUGAGGAAUGUGAUGACGGACACGAGCAUAAGGAUUUCAAACAGCAAAGGAAAAGGCAAAGAAGUGAACAGAAUAUAAGUAGACAGAGCGACUAUAUCACGUGGGAUUUGGAGGUCGACCAGAUUCAGGAUGUUAUGACAGAGGGUGCUGACUACAUUCAUGGAGAGAUAGAUGUGGAAUAUAUCCCUGAGAAGAAAAUCCAGACGUCAAAACGGAAAUCGUUUGCAGUGAAGAAGAUUGUUCCUCUAGAAGACCAAGCAGAAACUGUCACGAUUGAGUGUGAAAAUCUGGAGAACACGACAUCCAACAUGACAGUAGAAUGUCCCACGUGUCACAAAAAGUUUCUCAGUAAAUACUACCUGAAAGUGCACAAUAGAAAGCACACUGGAGAAAAACCGUUUGAAUGCUCCAAAUGUGGUAAAAGUUACUUCAGAAAAGAAAAUUUAUUAGAGCAUGAGGCCCGAAACUGUAUGACCCGGACUGAGCAGGUUUUUACUUGCACAUUGUGCAAUGAAGUUUUUAAGAGAAGACUGGAAUUAAGACUUCAUAUGGUUACGCACACAGGAGAUAUGCCUUAUAAGUGCGCAUCCUGUCCUCAGCAAUUUAUGCAGAAGAAACAUCUGCAAAACCACAUGAUCAAGUUGCAUGGAGCACCAAAACCACACGCUUGCCCUACCUGUGGGAAAUGCUUCUUUUCACGGACUGAACUUCAGUUGCAUGAAGCUUUCAAACAUCGUGGGGAGAAGCUUCUGGUCUGUGAAGAGUGUGGUCAUCGAGCUUCAAGCAGGAGUGGUUUGCAGAUGCACAUCAAAGCUAAGCAUAAAAAUGAACGUCCGUUUGUAUGUGAAUUUUGCAACCAUGCUUUUACACAAAAAACUAACCUCAAUAUGCACCUCAAAACACACACUGGGGAAAAACCAUUCCAAUGUCAUCUUUGUGGCAAGACCUUUAGAACACAAGCUAGUCUACAUAAGCAUAACCGAACUCACACGGGUGAGCGACCUUUCAGCUGUGAAUACUGCGACCAGAAAUUUACGGACAAAACUCCUCUCCUGAGGCACGUUGCCAGCCGACAUCAGGAGGGAAGACCUCAUUAUUGCCAAAUCUGUGGCAAAACAUUCAAAGCUAUUGAACAGCUACGUGUUCAUGUGGCAAGACACAAAGGCGUAAGAAAGUUUGAAUGCACAGAAUGUGGAUAUAAAUUCACUCGACAGGCACAUUUGAGACGACACAUGGAAAUUCACAACCGAAUUGAAAAUUACAGUCCUCGCCAGAGGAAGCUACGUAAUUUAAUCAUAGAGGAUGAGAAAAAUGUUGUUGUUCGUCUGCAAAGCCCACAAGAACUAGAGGUUGGCCCUGCUGAAAUCAUAGUUGAAUCAAUUAAUAGCGCUGCACUGGCUGAAGACCAAGUUGCAGAGCAGAGAAUAUGCACAGAGGAAGGUUACCCUACUGCAGAAGUCAUAGAACAGUCUAUUAUAAUAACUGCAACUGCUAUCCAUGUUGAAGAUUGUGAAACGUGAUAAAGCUUACAAUAAAAUACUCUUUAAUUUA